AUGUCAAUCGUCCGUGCCGUUAGUUGUCUUAAGUCGACUCAUAUGCCAUCAAUGGCGGCAAGAUAUGCGUCUGCAGCUGCCGCACCAGGAAAAUCUAAGGUGCAGCUACAGAAACCUCAGGGAGAAUCUGGCUUCUUCAGUUAUGACAGAAACAUAUCUCGGGAUCCAAAACUGAAAGGUGUACCCAAACCACACCCAGGAGAUACUCUUGCCAGCUUUCUGUUUCGCCGCCUUGGGCACGCCUACGAGAUUUAUCCACUUUUCUUCCUCGGAGGAUUUUUGGCUGUCAUCUGCUGUGCCACAAUUUACUAUAGCUUCGACAAGAUUGAAGUCUGGGUAGAUAGAAGUGAGGUUUUCUCAUAA